AUGGUGCCCCAUGAAAUGGCUGCUAGAUGCGUGGAGUGCAUCAAGGUCCCGCCAGGAGGAAAGCCAGAGGGUGCUAUGGAGGGGCAAUGUCAUCGUCCCUCCUCAUUCUUCCGCCCCUCUCUACCCCCUCUCGUCACUCUUCUCUCUACUCGUUUCCUGUCACUUUCCCCCCCCUCCUCCCCCGCUCAUCCAUCCUCUCCACCCUACUCUACCAAUAAUCUCUACUCCCUCUCCUCUCUUCUCCUCCGCUCUCCCCUCCUCCCCUUCUCCAGUCCACUCCUCUUUCCUCUCCUUCCUCCUUCGUCUUCAAUCCACAAUCCCACUCUCUUCCCUCUCUUCCCCCACCAGGUGCACGUGUCGCCAGACUGGGUGUUCACAUACGACUAUGUGUACGGAGGGAGUCCACCCAUGCCUGAGUCAAUUACCCUCUCUUCUGUUUCCUCCCCAUCCCCACUCUCUCCCAAUCUUCCCGCUCCAGGUGCACGUCUCACCAGACUGGGUGUUCACAUACGACUAUGUGUGCACGUCUCACCAGACUGGGUGUUCACAUACGACUAUGUGUACGGAGGGACGGGCCCACCCAUGUCGCAGCUCUUUGCCGACUGCAUCAUGCCCCUCGUGCACGGGCUCUUUGACGGUUACAACGCUACGGUCUUCGCAUAUGGGCAGACUGGGUCAGGCAAGACGUACACCAUGGGCACGGCUCUCCAGAGCACAGCUGUUGCGGCUGAAGCAGACACCAGUGUGGUUACCAGCAGCAACAGUGCAUCGGUGGAGAAGGAAGGGGGGGUGGCGAGGCGCGUGGUCAACUCGCUCUUCCAGCGCGUGGAGGAUCUCGCCCACUGCUCUCGCUUCCAGAUCCGCGUCUCGCUCAUUGAGGUGCCAUCGGUGGAGAAGGAAGGGGGGGUGGCGAGGCGGGUGGUCAACUCGCUCUUCCAGCGCGUGGAGGAUCUCGCCCACUGCUCUCGCUUCCAGAUCCGUGUCUCGCUCAUAGAGAUCCACAAGGACGAUAUACACGACCUUUUAGAGUUCCUCGCCACUCCCUUCCCCACCUCCUCCCCCUCUUCCGCCUCCCCCGCCACUGUCGCUGCCCUCGCUGCUGCCGCUGCUGCGGCCCGAGCCUCCCCUUCAGGCCCGGCGCCCCUAGGCUCGGCGCCGCCGCCUCGGCAGACAGUGGCGAUCCGGGAGUUACCGGGUGGGGUGUCUCUUACAGGAGUUACAGAGCAGGUGGUUACCACACGGGACGAGGCUAUAGCAUGCUUGGAGCAUGGGCUGCUGUUCCGGGCAACAGGCAGUCACAACCUGAACCAGCGGUCCAGUCGUUCCCAUGCCAUCUUCACAAUAUUCGUGGAUCAGUUCAGGCGAAGGGCAGUCCCAUUGGUCCCCACCACUCGUCUUUCCACCAGCGUAACAACCGCCACCGGCACUUACCUAAGCACCAGCACCAGUGGCAGUUCCAGCAGCAGCGGGAGAGCUUCGCUUGAGAGCGGAGAUGGGGCGGGGAAAACUGAUGGGAUGGCGCUGUUCGGGCAGGACGAAAAUGUUUUGUUUGGAGUCGGGCGGAUGGAUGAGGAGCAUCUGUGUGCGAAGAUGCAUCUGGUGGACCUGGCGGGCAGCGAACGAAUCAAACGCACCAAGGCAGAGGGUGCUCGGCUGAAGGAAGGGGUCUCCUGGCUCUGGGGAAUGUACUCAGUACGCUCAGCAGCGAUAACUUCCGAAUCAACUCACAAGCUACCAGACUCUCACUUGCACCCUCCCUCUGCAGGCAUUCACAUCAACAGGGGUCUCCUGGCUCUGGGGAAUGUGAUCAGUGCGCUCAGCAGCGAUGAGAAGAGGAGGAAGGAUGCAGCAGGGGGGCCAGGAGGCGGAGGAGGAGGGGCGGGGUUCGCUGCAGCGUUGAUUCCCGUACAUGUGCCGUAUCGGGAUAGCAAACUGACACGGCUGCUGCAGGAGGAGGAGGAGGAGGAGGAGGAGGAGGAGGAGGAGGAGGAGGAGGAGGAGGAGGAGGAGGAGGAGGGGGGGAAAGGGGAGGGGGGCUGGGAUUCGCUUGGAGGCAACAGCCGCACUGUCAUGAUAGCCUGUGUGAGCCCCACGGAUUCCAAUGUCGAAGAGUCUCUCAACACACUGAGAUACGCCAACCGGGCGCGAAAUAUCUGCAAUCGGCCUACGGUGAACCGCCUGGGGACGGUGGAUGCAGAGGAGGUGCGGCGGCUGAGGCAGCACGUGUCCCUGCUUCAAGCAGAGCUGGCUAGAGUGCCGCCCCCUCUACCCAUCACAGCAGAAGAGCUGCAGGCCCUCGAGAAGUGCGUAUUCCAUACAUCCCUUGCUUCUUCUCGUCCUCCUCUGUUCUAUCUUCACUUCUCCCAGGCGCUGAAGCAAAAUUUGGCAUCUCUCGAGGAGGCCAACACCCAGUUGAAGGCGUCACUAGAAAGCACCCAGUCAGAACUGCAGUCAACCCAGCAGACCCUAGACGCAACAAGGCUAUCCUUGGAAUCUGAGAGGCAGCGGGCCGAUGACAGCGAGGCGGCGUGCGCUGCUCUGCGUGCUGACUGUGCGGCGCUGCAUGCUGACCUGGACAGCGCCACGUCAGAGAUCGAGCGGCUGUGCGCUGAGCUGGCGGCGGCGAAGGAGGAGUCAGCAAAAGCAAAGGAGCAGCUGGAUGGGUUGAGAAAGUCGCAUGAGAGAACCGGCCGUGGGUAUGGGGCUGGUGGCGCUGCUGCUGGUGCUGGUGCUGGUAGCUUCGGCAGCAGUGGUGGUAGAAGGCAGUCGGGCGGAGGUGGGGGAACGGCAGCCUUUGGAGCAGCACGAACGGACGAGAUCAAGCGAGUGAAGAGAGAGGCAGAUAGGGCAGUGGCUGAGGCAACCAAGAGGGCGGAGAGGGAGAGUAAAAAGGCGGAAGAGGCUAUUGCGCGAGCUAGGAAGACUUUGGAGAGAGCAGUAGAGGCAGAGAAGCGGGCACCUGAGGCAGAGAGACGGGCAGCAGAAGCAGAGAGGAGAGUAGCGGAAGCUGAGAAGAAAGCAGCGGGGGCAGAGAGACGGGCAGCAGAGGCGGAGGAGAAAAGGGAGAGAGAGAUGCGACGGGCAGAUGGUAGUGUUGAGCGCUUGGGUUUGGCAGAGGUUCGGGCUGCCGAGGCUGAGGCGGAGGUUCAGGCGCUUCGUUCGGAGCUGGCUUCGGUGGCUGCUGAGGCAAUGGCGGCUGCUGUGGCCCGGCAAGCCUCGGAGCAGGAGCAGGUGAGGGUGGUUCGGAUGCAGCUUGCCGAGGCUGAGCAGGAGGCUCGGACGACUAUCGUUGAGAUGGAAAAGAGGUUCGGGAAGGAGCGGGAAGAGUAUGAGAGGCGGAUUGAAGCUGAGAGGCAGCAGUGGGAGAGGGAGAAGAGGGCGUGGGAGGAGGAAGGGAGGGCGUUGGAGAGGCGGGUGGCUCAUGAACGGUAUACCUGGAAUCAUGACCUGGCAGCGGAAGUGGAAAAACGGGAGAGGAAUUGGGCAGGGGAACGCCAGAUGUGGGAGAGGAGUCUUAGAGAGGAAGGGGAGGUUUGGGAAGGAAGGCUGAAAGAGGUACGGGACGCAUGGGAAGCAAAACUGAAUGAGGAAGGGGAGGCAUGGGAGAAAAAUCUUGCAGCAGCUGAAGAGAAAGCAGAGAAAGCAGCAGGGGUUGCGGAGAGGAUCAGGGCGGAAGUUGAAAGGGCGGAGGAGCAGGCAGUUGCAGGCAUGCUGCAGGAAAAGAGGCUUGCAGAGGAGAGGGCUAUUGCUGCUGAACGGGCCUUAGCAGGAGAGAAAGCGAUGCUGGAAAGAAGGAUGGCGGAUUUGCGGGCUGAGGUGAGAAAGGCAGCAAAGGAGGAAGAGGCGGAGUGGCUGGGGUUGGUGACUUUUGAAGCUGAGAGGUUGAGUGAGGAGUAUAAUGCGUUGAAGGGCGAGUGUGGGGACUUGAGGAGGGAGUGUGAGGGGUUGAGGAAGAGGGAGAGGGAGGAGAGGGAGAGGAGGGAGAGGGAGGAGGCGAGGGCUGUGAAGGCCGAGGCUGCUGCUGCCGAAGCUGAGGUCCGGGUGGCUCGGGAGGUGGAGAGCGUCCAAGAGCAGGCUCGGGAAGAGGCUCGGAAAGAGGCAGAGAAAAUGGAGAGUGAAUUGGCAGAGGUUUGGGCGCAAGCAGAGGUGGAAGCAAAGAAGGCUGAAGAUGCAAAUGAGAGGGUGAAAGAAGCAGAGGAGCAGGUGAUAAUAUUGAAUGUUAAGAUUGAAGGGUUGAGGGAAGAGUUGAGCGAGCUUGAAACUGUUCUGGAGGAGGAGGAACGGAAGGCAGAGGAAGCAGAGAAGAUGCUGGUUCGGGCCCGAGCCAAGCUUGCCGAAGCGGAGGCUCGGGCCGAAGCUGCAGAGGAGCGAGUGGAGGAGCUAGAUGGGGAGGUGGAGAGAGCGAGGGAGGCGGAAGAGGUGGUUCGGAUGGAGUGUGAAGUGACGAAGGAGUGUGUGCGGGCAGCAGGGGAGAGAGUGGCGGAGUUGACAGAGAGAGUGAGGAGGAGUGAGAGAGCUGCAGAGGAGGCAGAGGAGAGGGCGAGAGGAGCGAAGGAGGAGCAGCAGAAGGCAGAGGGGAGAGCGAAGGAGGCGUUGGCAGCAGUAGAGGGGGCAGAAGAGAGAGCAAGAGUUGCUGUGAGGGAGAGGGAUGAGGCGGAGAGGAGAGCAGAGGAGGCGAGAGGGAGGGCUGAAGAGGCUGAGAGGAAGGCUGCUGCUGCUGGGGCAGCGUUGGUAGAAGCUGAGGAACGGGUGAAAGAUAUGGGAAGGAGGGAGGAGGAGAGGGAAGAGGAGGAGGAGGUGGAGACGAGGGGGGAGCAGGAGGAGGAAGAGACGAAGAAGGGAGAGAGAAAAGAGGGAGAGACGAAGGGAACGAAGAAACUACAGGGGGUAGGAAAGGUGGAGGAGGUAGUGGUGGCUUUGGUGUGUGAGAUGCUGGAUGGUGCGAUGGAGAGGGUGAAUCAAGCACGAGAGAGAACCUUUGAGGUGUCUCAAGAGUCAUUCGUGGGGGAGAGUCAGGCACAGGAGAAGGAGCGGCGGUCUGGGGGAGAGAGGCAGCAGAGGGGGGCUUGUUUGGGGUCGGGAGAGCUGGUGGCAAAACUGGCGGAGAAUUCGCAGGAUGAACUGCAAAACGAGCUUCAGAAUGAACCGCAGAGUGAACGUCGGAGUGAAACGCAGGAUGAACCGCCGCGAAUUGAACUUCGGAAUGGGGAGCCAAUAGGGGGCGAGUGGCAGAGGAGGAGGCAGGAGGAGGUUGAGGCGAUGGUGGUGGGCCUAGUGGGACAGGUUCUCGAUAGCACCGUGAUGAUUCUGCAGGCUCAGGAGCAGGCUCGGGAACAGGCUCGGGAACAGGUUCGAGAACAGGUCUGGGAACAGGUCUGGGAACAGGCUUGGAAUCAGGCUCGGUAUCAAUCGCAGGUGCAGCUUUUCCAGGCAGAGGAGAAGGCGACCGAGGCGACGGAGCAGGUUCGGGGACUGGAACAGCAGCUGAUCAAGGCAGAGGAGCAGGUUCGGCAGACCGAGGGGGAGAUUGUGGCGCUCAAGGCUGAGCUGGCGAGUAAGGUGGCUGAGCUGGAUGCUAAGGUUGCUGAGCUGGCAAGGGCUGUGGAGGAGAAGGAGAGAGGGAGAGGUGAAGUGGAGGCAAUGAGAAUUGGACUAGAGGACUUGCGGGGGAGGCUGCGAGUGAGGGAGGAGGAGAAGGGGCAUGCGGAGGAGCAUCUUGAAUGGCUUAUGAAGGAGCUGGCUGAAGAGAUGGAGGAGAGGGAGAAGGAGAGAAGGGAAGUGAACACGAUAAGAGAGGAGAUUGGGAAAUUGAGAGGGAAGGUGCAGAGAGUGGAAGAGGAGAGGAGGCAGGCGGAGGGGCGUGUGGAUAGGCUUAUGAGAGAAUUGGCUGAAGCAGUGGAGGAGAGGGAGAGGGGGAGAGGGGAGGUGAAUGUGGUACGAGAGGAGGUGAAGGGGUUGAGAGGGAUGUUGAGGGAUGGGGAGGAGGAGAGGAGGCAAUUGGAGGAGCAUGUGGAAUGGUUGAUGAAAGAGUUGGCUGAGCUGGUGGUUGAAAAGGAGAGGGCUGAGAGGGAGAGGCGAGAAGAGGAGAUGGAAUGGGGUGAGAGGGAGGAAAAUAAAGCAGAGGCAGAGACAGAGACGGAAACAGAGGCGGACACUGGGUCAGGAGAAGAGGAUGGGAUCUCAGCACAAUCAGAAGUGGAAAGAGAAGAAGACCGCAUAGCAGAAGCAGAAAACGGGGGAGAGGCAGGCCCAGAAAAAGGGGCAGGGGCAGGAGAAGGGAUAGGUGAAGAAGCAGCAUCGGAGGCGAGUGUAAAGUGGUGUGUGGAAUUGGGUGAGGAGGCAUGUGAGGAGAGGGGUGAGGAGGCGGGUGAGGAGGUGCGUGAGGAGGCAUGUGAGAAGCUGAUCUCUACCUUGCAAUCUCAAGGCGCCGUUGCAACUCCUCUGAAGAACCAAGGAGAAGAAUCUCCUUUCGUCACUCCCACCGCCUCCCCCACUGCCUCUCCCUCUCCCUCUCCCUCCACUCGCCCUCUCUCUCUGCACCUGACCACUUCGCCUGCUUGCCCAGCGAUAAACGCUGGUGCUGUCAUUCCCGCCUGCCCCCUGCCUGAAACAGCCAGUGGCGAUAAUAGCACCGCCACUGCUUCCCCCCUGCCUGCAACAUCGUGCAUGGACCAGCCAUGGAAUCCGUUUUUCACUGGCCUACCUGACGCCCCAACUGAUGCCUCGCUAGAUGCCCCACUUGCUGCUGCUGUCGACGUGGUUACAGCAGCACCAGCAGCAAGCCUAGCGUUCUCUCACUACAAUCCCUUCCUGGAUAGUAUCGAGGAGCCCUUACAGCAGGGAUACAGUGACAGUACUGAAGAUCCCUUACCGAAACAAGGGCCCGUUCGGCCAGAGGAGUUGACCUUUGAGUGGCCUGAAAAGCCGUUUCUGCUGAGUUUGGAAGAACCCGUGUCUUCAUUCAUUCCUGUAUGGGAACCGAAUGGCGAGGCAGAGGACUCGGCUGAGGAAGCCUUACAGGGAAGCGAGGGCAGUUCUGAGAUGCCCGAGCAGUGUCUGACUGCUGGCCGUGGCAGCAGCAGGCUUGCUCGUUCCAACAGCAACCCGUUCCUGUGCUCUUGGGCGGAGCUUGACGAGGGGGAGGGGGAGACCUGUGGAGAGGAGGGGAUUAGUGUGGAGGAGGAGGGAGGAAGUGGCGAAAAGGGGUGCACUCUUAGCAGCAGUAGUUACGCUGACACCACUGUUGGGAGCAAGGCUGGUAGCUCAAAAGCAGGAGCGGCUGUGAGCACCGUUGCAAGCACCACUGCUGGCAUCCCCACCAGCAACACCACAACUCCUAGCACAACAACUCCUGGCUCCACAAGUGCUUGCAGCAAGAAUGGAGGCUUCAUGCGUCUCCCAAGCUCCCCACGCCUCUCCUCCUCUCGGGCCCCCCCUGCCCUCGCUGCUCGCUCCAUUCUCUCCCACACCAAGCCCCUCCCUCUCUCGCACUCGCCUGCUGCUGCUGACCCUCUGAUUGCGGCAGCAGUGGCAGCCGCUGCUGCUUCUGCUGCUGGUUCCGGUGCCGGUGCUCGUGCUGCUACCGCUGCUGCUGGAGCAAUAAGCACAGAUGCAGAUUUCGAUGGAAAGGGAGAGAUGACGGCAGCAGCAGUACAGAGAGGAGCGCAGAUUGCAGCACAUACAUCAGAAGCACAUGCAGCAGAGGUGGUGCCUCCCGCUUUGAUGGCUUCAGCCGCUAAGAUUGCUGGCCUUGGAGGUGGUGCAUUCGUGUCGGCAGGAGGAAUGGGAGGAGCGGGAGGGGCAGGUGACGGGAUAAAAUCCCUUGGGCCUUUCCCUGCUGUAAGUGUCAGUAUGGGCCUGAACACUGAAUGGGGAGUACAGGGCCGUGUGGGAGAUAAGAGAGAUGCUUAUGUAAGUGAGGAGAUAGAGGAGGUCGUGGAGCUUGUCGAAGGAGAGGAGACUGAGAAGGAUGUGGAAGAGGAGUUAGAAGAGGUAGAGGUAGUGGUGGUAGGGGGGGAAGAGGAGGAAGAGGAGGUAGAGGAGGUAGAGGAGGAGCAUGAGGAAGAGGAGGAGGAAGAGGAAGAAGAGGCGGAGGAAGAGGAGGAGGAAGAGGAGGAAGAGGAGGAGGAAGAGGAGGAGGAGGGAGAGGAGGAAGAGGAGGAAGAAAGGGAAUCAAGGGGUGAGGCCACAGAAAAAGGUACCGACUUUGAAAAUAAAUGCGAUAUGAACACCAGCAGUACCAACAACAGCAGUAGCAGCAGCCGGGGGAGAAUGGCCCCUGGGGCAGUGGCAUCGGAAGCAGCAAUGCUGUCCCGCCUGAGAGGGUCUGUGAAGAUGGGGCAGAGCUUCAGACGCCGCCACAUCUUGCCAUCCAAACCCAAAGCAGCACCGUCAGAGGGAGAAGCAACUGUUUCAGAAGGGGAAGGGUGGGCAGGAGAAUGGGGUACAGGGGGGGUGGUUUCAGGGAGCAGCAGUGGGGAGCGCAGUGGUGAAAGUGGAGGGGGCCUGGAGGCAGCAAACCAGGGGACAGGUCGCUUGGAUGAGGGCAAUGGUGGUGUGAGUGCUUGGGGGCAAGGCAGCAGUGGUGAGGAGGGGGGUAACGGUCACACAAUGUUUGAGCCGUUUAGUGACCUGCAUGCUCCAGCGGCCUUCCCAGACCACCUGGAUCUCAACACAGGGAUGGAUGAUGCUGGCACUGACGAUUCCCACAGCAGGCGUCGCAGCAUUGUCAGCAGCAUUCUCAUGCGGAAGAGUGGUGGUGGUGGUGGUGGAGGAGGGCAUGGCACGCACCAUGACUUUCGGAAGAGCGGGGAGCUGUACAGUGCGCAGCAUGCUAUAAGCAGUUUCAGUGGAGGGAAGAGUGGCGAGCUCUACCAGAGAAGCAGCAGUCACAGUAGUCACAGCGGCCACGGUAGCAGCAGCAGCAAUGGUGGAGCUGGUGGUGUAGAAAAGAAGGGCUCUUCCUCGCCUUUUAUGGGAGGCCGCUUGGUUCGUAGCAACAGCUUUGGGAGCUUUCCCUUAGGUGGUGGGAGCAGUGGCAGCAAGAAUGGCAAUGGCAUGAGCACCAAGGGUAAUGCCACAGAGGACAGUGAGAUGGGGAGUGUGAGUAACAAUGGUGCCAAGAAGACCCUUGGAUCGCCCUUUUUAGGAGCGUCUCUCAGUUUCAAGACGGGCAGCAGCCAAAAGAGCGGCGGCGGCAGCAGCAGCAAUGGUGGCAAGGGCAGCAGCAGUAGAGGGUUGGGAUCGCCUAGAAUAUGGAGCUCUCCUGUGUUGGGACCCCGAAGGCACGAUGCCAGGGGUGCUUCUGGAGGCUUGGAGUCAGGGGUCAUGGCUGGUGCAGAAGAGUUUAGUGCAUGGAUUGACACAAAGAAUGAUGCUGAAGAAGGUGCAUGCGAGUUAGGAGAAGCAGGACGAACAGGGAGAAAGAAGGGCUUCAGCCUGAAGAGUGUUCUUUCGUCGAAGACGUCCAUGAGUUACACGAGCUGA